AUGAAUCAUAUUAUGAUCCUGGAAUCAAUUUAAAAGAAUCUUCAUAAAUUUAGUAAAAGUCAUAAAUAGCAAAUUAUCAAAAGAAUCGUAGUACCCAAAAAGGCAGCGGAGCUACAUUACAUGAAAUUGUCAACAAAUAGCUACAAGCCAUAAGAUAAUCAAGAAGAAGUUUAAAUAAAGAUCUUUCAUUCAACUCUAUAAAUUAAAAUAGUUCUUGCUAAAUAGAUGAUUAAAGUUCUAAUUUAUAUUUUGCUAGUAAUACUGAUAUUUACAGUAGCUAAUCUAAUAUAUUUGUCAAAUAGGAUCUGUGCCAAUAAGAUCUGUCAGCACUCAAUAUUUAAGCUUUGCAAAUUAGAAUGA